AUGCUUUCAAUAACCGAAUUGCUGGUUCCUUCGCCAUCCAUUACUCUAUCGUACUCUGUACCACCGACUCGAUCCUCCUUGUCAUCCAAAUCAUCGAUUGCCUCUUGUUGCAUGGACACUUCGCUCAGGGCAUUGCCUUCGCCAAGCCUGCCAUUUGACUGCCUAAGUUCAGAACUUCUUGCUCUUGUGUUCGAAAAGCUUCGGGACUUAAACUCUCCUACCCUCACGUCUGUGCGUCUAGUAUCAAAGAGGUUCGACGCCAUUGCUAAGCCGAUCGCAUACCGAUUCCUGACCUUGAACGAGUCGCUUGUGGCACCUGAAGCUCAACGGCAACAUCCGAAUCUCUUUCGAAAUAUCUCCUAUCUUACGAAGCAUGUCAUCAUACCAAGCAACCUGGACCCUACAGGAAUUAACAACCUGUUAUCGUGCAUCAAGAGGCUGAAGUCUGUUCGUUGGCAAUAUGUAGAUGGUGAUAUACCUACAGCAGGUCUGUGGACGCCUUUAGAUCUCCGCCGUUUAUCAAACGGUAACUCAAAUAGUACUCGACUACACAUCGAAGACCUUCCCUUACGACGAGACUACGAAGGCAAUCCGCUGGAAACAUUUAUAAGUUCCAUCCCAGCUGAGCUAUUGGUGUCCCUAAAACUUGCCAACCCAGCUCCGGUUCUGUCAACGCGAUUACACGCACUAAAGCAGCUGCUGGUUCGAGCCGCACACCUCAACACAUUAUGUUACGAAGACCGUGGUCAAGGCACAUGCUUCAACUUUUCUCCCGAAGAGCGAAUGCCACCUGUUUCAAGCUUGUUGCUGCGAUCAUAUGACUGGCACCAUACGGCCGAAGAUGUUCAAAAACACUGGGAUUUCUCUGAGAUCCAAUCGCUCGAAUUGAUCUCUGUCCCCGUCUUCAACUUCCUUAGCUCGGUUUCUUUCCAGGACUUUACCGAGCUACGUACCCUUCACGUGGAAGACUACAGUGCCCAUCUAUUGGACAAGCGAGAAGAUGCUACCAUUGGUCUCAACAUACUGAUUCAGGACCAUAUUAAGGCGCUCGAAGUUUUGCACAUCACCUGUCACACCCGCCUCUUUCAGUUAGAGGCCAUUACAACACAUCGGAACUCCUUGCAAGUGCUACGGUUAAGGGAUCACGUUGGGUUUUUCGAAGACGACCAAAAAUGCCCGACGCUGGCACCUGUUGAUCUGGCUGAACUCUCCCGACAGCUGAGAUUCGUUCAUACCCUCGAGCUUGACCUAGAUACUAGAUUAUGUGACCCGGAAACCUUCCUCCGAGCGAUAUGUGCCUUUCCAGCAGUGCACACCCUUACUCUACACGUCCAAACAAUUCUCCACCCACUGGAGGAGGUGUCCCCAGGAGUAGAUCGCGACCACGAAGCCGCAAUGAGGACUUUCCAAUUGCUCGUGCAGGAAAAGGACCGAAUUGGGACUCGCAUACCCUGGAAGCACAUCUCACUCAAUGUUGGAGGGUGGAAACGAAUCAUGGUACGGAGGCUAGGUGGCAUUUGGCGACGGAGAAACGAGCUGGGCAUAUAUGCUGAAAGGUGUUUUGUCCUCGAGCGUGAUGCUCAGAACGGCAAGAUUGCAGUUCGUGAGGAGAGAUCCGUGGAGAACACAAGUCGUGGAGGGAGCCCCAGCCCUGGCCCUUGA